AUGGAGUGGAAUAAUGAACUAACGCUUGAGUUCCUGGAAGCGUAUGAAAAACAUCCAGUUCUGUGGAACAGUCUUUAUCCAGGACAUAAGAAUAAAAACACCCUGCAGGAUGCAUGGACUGAAGUAGCUAACGAGUUAAGUGUUACAAUGCCAGUUGUUGCGUUGAAAAAGAAGAAAGAGUCACUGAUGUCGACCUACCGGACAUUGAGGAAGAAAAUAGUGGAUUCAGAGACUACUGGAUCGGGGUCACAAGAUGUGUACUAUCCGUCUUGGUUCGCCUAUAAUGCAAUAGAUAGGUUUAUUCGAGUCCAAAAUACGAAGAUACCCUCACUGAAUUCAGAAGUAAGUUUAAUAGAUAAUUAUCUGGUAUAUUUCAUAAUAUUAAUUAAGAAUUCAUCCUUACAAAUCUUUAAUCUAAAUUUAAAUGCAAAGUUAACUAAAUAA